UUGAUCACCUUCGUCUUCCUCUCCUUAUUCAGUUAUUCUUACUCUGUUCAUCAUAGCACUGAUAAGCCAUCAUGAUUCCUACGAUUGCGCCAUUGCUAAUCCUUGCCUUAUCCAUCGUCUUUAGCUUUCUUAUCCGUAAAAGAUUGCGAGUAGUACACCCACCAGUUCCCCCUCUCCCUCCUGGACCAAAUCCAUGGCCAAUCAUUGGAUGUGUACCAGAGAUGUGGAGGAACAAACCAGCAUAUAGAUGGAUACAUGAUAUUCUAAAACAGGUCAACACUGACAUUGCAUGUGUGCGAUUAGGAAGUGUUCAUGUGAUCGCAGUUAAAUCACCUGAAAUUGCCAGAGAAUUUUUAAAAAAACACGAUGCAAAUUUCGCAUCAAGACCAAUUACUAUGGCUACUCACCUCAUAAGUAGUGGGUACUUGACAACAGGUGUUGUACCUAUGGGACAUCAAUGGAAGAAAAUGAGAAGAAUUUUGAUUGCCGACGUGUUUAAUCAAUCAAGACUAAGGUGGCUACUAGAUAAGAGAAACAUUGAAGCAGAUAAUCUUAUGAAAUUCCUCUACUGUCAGUGCUCGAAAACCGACAAUGGAUGGGUGGUGAAUGUGAGAACUGCAGCUCAACAUUACUCGGCAAAUGUGAUGAGAAGGAUGUUCUUCAACACGAGGUACUUUGGCAAAGGUAGACAGGAUGGAGGACCUGGACUGGAAGAAGAAAGACACGUCUCUGCGCUUUUCACAAUAGUCUUGCAUGUUUAUGCAUUUUGUGUAUCGGAUUACCUUCCAUGGUUGAGACCUUUCGACAUAGAUGGACAUGAGAAAAAGGUGAGGGAUGCUUUGAGAACUAUCAAGCAAUAUCAAGAUCCUAUUAUAGACGAGAGAGUAGCAAAGUGGAGGUCCUCUUAUCAAGAAAAGAGGAUCGAGGAGCCUGUAGAGGAGGACCUGCUUGAUGUUUUUAUCUUACUUAAAGAUGAAAAUGGAAAUCCUCUACUAUCAGCUGAAGAAAUUAAAGCACAAAUCACAGAACUACAACUUGCUACAGUGGACAAUCCUUUCAGUAUAGCAGAGUGGGGUCUAUCAGAAAUGCUGAACCAACCUGGGAUGCUUAUAAAAGCACAAGAGGAACUAAAUCGGAUUGUGGGAAUCGACACACUUGUGCAAGAAUCUCACAUCCCUCAUCUCACUUACAUAAGGGCUUGUGCAAGAGAAUCACUCAGACUGCAUCCAGUUGCACCAUUCAAUCUCCCCCAUGUUUCCAUUGCUGAUGAUAUAGUAGCAGGCUAUUUCAUCCCAAAGGGAAGUAGUGUUGUCCUAAGUCGUUUAGGUCUUGGACGCAACCCCAAAGUCUGGGAAAACCCGUUAAAGUUUGAUCCCGAGCGUCAUCUUAAUGGAGAUGCAAGUCAACAGGUGGAGUUGGAAGAACAUGAGCUAAGGUUCAUUUCAUUUACUACUGGAAGGAGAGGUUGCAUGGGUGGUAUGCUUGGGACUACCAUCACUGUGAUGCUUUUUGCUAGGCUUCUUCAAGGGUUUACAUGGAGCAUGCCACCGGAAGUGGAUAAGAUUGACCUUACUGAAGCUCAAACCCUUUUCAAGCUCAAUCCUUUGCAUGCACAUGUUAAACCUCGCUUACCUGCUGCUAUGUACCCGAUUUAAGCUGUUCCUAGCAUAACAAAUAAAACCCUUGGCUAGUUCGUAAUUGAAGUCCUAAUAGUUGUGCUAAAUAAAACUCUCACUAGAGAGAAAGGUUCUCGCUUGUCUUGGGAUUAUAUUCUUCCUCUUCUGCACAAGUUCG